AAUGUUAAAUAAACUCUAAGUGGUAGUAAAUAUGUUGAAUUAAAAGAUAGUUGGAAUUAAUUUUUUGGAAGAAAUGGACGAGGAAAUGUGUGAAAAAAGUGAUAGAAAUAAAAAUUGAAGACGGCCACGGCACUGCUGCUGGAAAGGAAAACGAAAAGAAGGCGAAGCACUUGUCUCUGCAAAAUUAUGGUUGCACAAGUUCUUUUUUUUUCUCUGUUUGUUUGCCUCAUCGAGGAAAAAAAGCAUUUUUGAUGAGUACCCGAAUGCGAACCCGACCCGAGGCUUUAAAUCAAGUGAUAUCGAUUUUAUCACGAAAGUUCAUCAUUUCGAAUGUUGAUUUGUUAUCAUUUUCUAGUUUAGGUCUGCAAUCGCUUAUCAAAUAAACUUAAGACAGCCAAAAAUAUAUGUUCUUGGCGUUUCUGGUGAAUAUUAUAAAAUUGAUAAACCACACCCGCAUUUUGUCAAAUAGAAAAUAAACAACAAUCAGCAUUCGCAAAUCUUUGAUUUUGGCUGGCAAUAAUUCCUUUGUGAGAUUGUAGGAGUGUCGAUGUUGAGUGCGGUGUGAUCACCAGCGAAAGCGUUUAUUUUUUUUUUAUCUGACGCUAGAAGACUCGUUUAGAUGCUUAAAGUGACGAUAACAAAUUAAGACAGGAAAAAAAAACAAUAUUGAAUGAAUCAUCCCUGCAGUAGAACUACUGCGACUAUACAUCUCACAGAGUGUUAAUUUUGUGUAUUUCGAUAUCUAAACCUGCUGCCGUCCUUGGUCCUGUGAUGGAAAAAUUGUAAAAUGCAGAUUUUUAUUUGAGCGAUCGCCUGUAGCAACGAAAUUUAUGCAAAUAAACACUCCAUAGACAAACACUUUUGUUUUCGAAGCAAAGCAAAACAAAAAUGACAAAAACGAUAUCACACAAAGACUUGAGAUAAGCCAAUAACAACACUCACUUGGCAAUGCAUACCUCAAGUAUUCUAUGGAUAAUACCUCUUAUGCAAUAAACCGGAUUCAAGGCAUCUGUUAAUGCGCGGUUUGCCACGCUUAAAAAUACUUGGGACACAGUGCAAACUCAAUUGAUAACAAUAAAUCAAAUACUCCAUUUUGGGCAAGUGAAAUUAUGUGCAUUAUAAUUUAAAAAGCAAUACAAAUUCCAAAAUGAAUUGCGAUGAAACUGGCAUUCAGAAUAAUCAAACAGCAGUAGUAGCAAUAGAGGGUCAUAGACGAACACCGAAUGAUGGCAAUGAAAUAAACCAUGAAAUCGAAUAUAGUGACGUUCAUUGCUCAGCCCAACGACUAUCCACAGACGAAUCGGCUGGUUCCGCCUUUGAAAUAGUCAAUGCAGGUGGGAGUAGCUGCGAGAGGCCGAGAACUAAACCGCCUUCAUUGGACAUUGCUCAUCGACAGGGAAGCGGAUCAUCAACUAAAACUUGCGAAGCUGAUUGCGGGGAGGAGAGGGAUACUUUUUCACCCAUCAGCACAAACAGCAGCCCAAGUGAACACCCAAGACUAACCGAUGAAUCAGAAAUUCACAAGUGCAAUGGCGGCAUUGAUGUAGACAAUAAAUUGUUUGAGAGCAAAGCUAAGCAUCCGAUACCUUCUGCGAUCUCAACCACAAAAGAGGAAAAGCAGAGGCAGAACGAAGAGAUUGUCAUAAUGGAGACAUCAUCGGUGUCUUCCGAAACUGGUUCUUGGGAAUCUAUAUUUCCUAACCAUGGCAAGAUAACUGAAGCGGAUCUCCGCAAAUGCUGCAAUGAUUUUCUGCAAAACGAGAGACAAAACUACUGCGGGGGAAUUGAAAAGCCUCCAAGUGUUACUGCAUGUUUCAUAGAUGCAUCUUCCCUGCGCGAUGAAGAAGAGGAGCAAUUGGCUUUCACGAGCCAAGAAACGGCUGUUCUAAUGAAUAAUAUUGUUGCCGAGCCUCUGGAGACUUUCCAACAGGGUUUCAAGUUCUGUAAGACGAAUCGACCAAAAUUAAAUGAAAAAAAGGAGGAAAACUCAAAAAGCAAUAGUUCCAGCGAUGAAUCUCCUCAAAAGGUUGACGACACUGAUCAGAUAAAUAAUUUAUCGGAUGAAGAGAAGCUAUCUAGAAAGCGGGACAAAACCAAGUGCAAUGAUCCUUUUGGAGCUAGGUCUUCCACUCGGUUAUAUGAACCUGCUGCCGAUGAUAAACGUGAAGAACGCGAUUCGUCGUCUUCUUCGUCAGAUAGCAAUGAAGCAGUUAUCAUGCGAAAGGCAAAGGAAAGGAAGCAAGGUCAAUUUGUAUUCCAGCACAAUAUACAGCAAUUUUCGGGCCACAUGAUAAGUCCAAAAAUUCCAUUUACCAAUGACAUAAGCUACACAACGGAUUACUCCUCCUCAAGCCCAGCAGCCAGCCUAGUGUGGUCAUCUGAUUUGGAGCGAAAUCAAAAGUCCUCAUGUAUGCUUCCAGACACUCCACAUAACUCAAUUGUGCAGGUUCAUGCAAGAGUGGACUAUCGUGAUUCUGGGGCUUAUUGCAGUGAUGCAACGGAUAGUCCGAUUCCGGCUCCCAGAACACCGAAAAGGUUUUCCAAGUUCGAUGAGGCAAAUCCAAUUGUGUCGGGUGGAGCGUCAAUCAAGGAUUUCAAUGUAAAGCAAUGCGAAAGUCCACCAGUGCGACGAAAAACUGAAUCAUGCCCAAUAGUUUCGGGUGGUUUUAUGUCUCUCGAUUUCGAACGUGCCAACAACGAUGACGAAGAGUUUAAAAUUAAGCCCAAAAUGAGAAAAUCUCAGGCCCCUGGGGUUUCGUCUUGGGUAGUUGACAUGAGCGACUGUAAAAAUAGGAAGGAUUCAAGUUCCUCAUCAAGUGGCGAUACUAUGUCAAAAAGUGGAUUUUUCGUUUCUUUGGAAAAUUAUUCGGCCAAUGACGAGAAACCAAUCGCUGUCGAACGAAAGAAAUCGUUUUCCGACAAUACAAAAAAACCACAAGGUUUUUACGUAGAUCUUUCAGAAGAUGAUGACUCUCGGAACGCAACCCCACCUCCAUCGCUUAAUAAUCCAACUCAAGGAUCAAGAGAUGGGAACGAUAAAAAGAAUAUAUUCUCAAUGUUUAUUGACUUUGGGGAAAAGAAACUGGGAUCUAAAAAAGAACCGCUUUCAUUGGCCGCCAGGCUCUCUAGUUCGUUCAAUUUGAAGCGAAGCACCAAUGAUGAACUCAUGAAAUCUAGCACAAGCUCUACGGAAACACUUAUGUCAAAAAGUAGUCAUCAACCGCACUCAGAUUCUGAUCAUAAAGGUGAGGAUGAAUUUAAAAAACAUGCAAUUGAACCCUUGCCAACCACUGUUGCGGCAAUAAGAAGAAUUUCCAAAAAUUUCACGUCGUCCAGUGAUCCCAAAAGACAUUCGUGGGCAAACAACUCAAAUAAUACAGUACCUAGCGCAGACUGUAAGCGAUCCAUGUCUUUGACCGGUGAUAAAGGACUAAUGAACAUCAUCGACAAAAUUCCUUUGAUCUCAAAAACAUCUAGUUUGUCGGUAGAUUCCUCCCUGUCACCAUUUGAUGACCUUACCUCAUCCAAGAGUGAAAUCGGGAGCACUUACUCGAACACUUCUACCACAUCGGGUUCUGUGCCCGAUAAUGUAGGAGUAGAAAAUGCCAAUCACAUUCCCGGCGCUGCGAAGGUGAAAAAACAUCGAAGGGAUGUUCAAUUGAACGAAACUUUCGACAAAAGUAGCGUGGCAUCUCUUACCGAUGGAGUUCUUUCCAAGGACCUUUCGCCCAUUUCAACUGGCACCGACACAGAAGAUCUCACAUUCCAACAAGAAGAGGAGGGCAUUUUGCAUGAUAAAAAUGAACCUUCGUCACAUCAACAAAUCAAAGACCUUACUAGCAGGUCAUUGGUUAUGGAGACCAUCAUCGAGGCAAAGGAGACAUCGUCUCCCAAGAAGUCAGCAUCAAAUUAUUCAUCGACCCACACUAUGGAGUCGCUGAAUGCCACAAUUGAAAAGCAGAAACAACUUCUCGAAACCGUUACCGAAAAUGCUGUAACGGAGUCGCGGUCUUUUGUGAAGCUAUCCGAUAUGGAUAAGCCUCUAGCUAAAUUCGAACUUCAUUCUCCAAGCGAGACCAUGUCAAAGUCAGUUGGAAACCAUCGUCAAAUUAAUCGCCUAUUUCAUGACACCUCUCGCGCUCGACCACAUUCCUGGACUAUGUCCCGAUCCACAGGUCCCAGUAUUUUGAAUAUAACAAAUUCUGUGGAUAAUUUGAAAAGUCUAUCGCGUCUUUUCCCACAAUUCUCCAAGGAACUUAGCUGCAGCUUGCCAAACGACUUUGUGGGGAAUGUCGAACAUAUGGAUUAUGUUAACUCAUCAGACUUUUCGAUAAAUUCUAGUCUUGCGUCGAGUUUUAGUCGCUCGGGAAUGGACGAAUCGUCCAUUUCGUGUCGACAACCACGACGACUUGGCGAAGAUUUACUCAAGAUGUUCCUACAGGAGUUGGCCACAGAUAUGACAGUAGAGGUUAACGGUCGACGCAUAAAAGCUCACAAAUGUAUCCUUCGAUCGAGAUGCCAAUACUUUGCAGCCAUGUUAGCUGGCGGAUGGGCGCAAAGCUCGGGCAAUGUCGUAUCUCUGCCUGGAUAUUCGUUCAGUGCAGUCCACUUUGCGCUGUGCCACAUUUAUUCGGGUGCAUCACAUCCUCCCGACGGCAUUAGUUUAAUGGAACUAGCUGCUUUGGCUGAUUUGCUUGGAUUAGAAGGGUUGAAAGAAGUAACAGCACACGCUCUAAAAAGCAAUUACUGCCACAACUUCCACAAACCUUGCUCAGGUUGCAUCGAUGGCAUACUGCAAGUUCUACCGGUGGCUCUUAACCAUGCCCUAGAUGAUCUAUAUAGAAAAUGUCUAAAAUGGACUUGUCGACAUUACUUGAAGGUGUGGCCAACUAGAUCGUUUGCACAAUUACCAUCGGAUAUUUUAUAUCGAUGCCGUCAACAAAUUGUGGCUUAUUUGACAUCAGAAACAGUUCUGGACUCGGUUCUGGAUUGCGACAACCUGCUGGCUCAAUUGGCGCCUUUCCGAUGGGCAUCAGUAAUUGAAAAACUGGUACGAGAUAUCCUUGAUGUUGCGUACGGCUAUAUUUCUGAUCACUUUUCAAGCCUCAUUGCAAGCGAUAGUUUCCUAUCGCUAGGACAUGAUAAAAGUUGUCAUAUUCCGCGAUUGGAAAGUCUCCUAUUACGGACUGCUUCGUCACUGACACCAGAUCAAGCAUGUCGCAGUUACCAAAGGAUUACACGUCUUAACACUGUUCUUUCGGCAAAAAUACUUAAAAUGCCAAAUUUGGGAGAGUUGGCAAAGGAAUUGCAAGGAUUGCAUGAAGAGGAAUUGGAAUGGAAUGAAGAAUUUAUCAGAUUGAUAAGUGCCAUUUUAUCUACGGUCGAACAAUGUCUUACACGGCAAUGCUCACGAGCUAUGCGUGUGAAUGCUUGGCAGAGAAUGGAUUUGGAGUUGCGAAAGAAGAUACAAACCUUAGCUCGGCUGACUGAACCCGUAGAUUUGAGACGAGGAAAAUCUGUUACAAAAGCGUUCUCUUUUGGUGGUAGCAGCAACAGAAAUCAAGAUCUUUACCAAUUUAAGUUGGCCAUUCAAGCACAUUCUAAGCGUUCGCUAGCCAAUGACUCGCAACUUUUUAAAGCAACCACGCAUACUCAAACGCACGCCCAGGAUCAUAGUAUUCAGACUGCAGAAAGAGGUGUUCAAGCCAAUAAUGAUGUCAACGAAAAUAAAGUUAAAAUUGUCAAAACGAAUUCGAGAGCACAUGUUCCGCUUAUAACAAAACAACAACAAACACAUCAUAAUGCAAGUGAGAAGUCUUCCUCUCAUCGUCGAACUCAAUCAGAAGCGUCUGCUAUUCGUAUUUCUGGCCAAAAACAAGUAAAAAAUAUUCCUGAGGCAGCAACAGAAAAGCCAAUUGCCCGUCUAACUGAAGUUCGUCCCCGCUACCUUGAACCGAGAAAACCACGAGGUACAAUAAAUACUAACGGCCCCGUUCGCAGUCAAACCAGCUCCAGUAUUCCCUCUACCUUAGCAAAGGGAAAACAUAUUUCCUCUAGCGAUAGCUCUCGCAAUUCUAGCCCUGCCAUUCGCAGAAAUAAUGCAAACUCAGACAGAAAGAUAGGAACUAAGUCUAUUAACAUGUCAUUAGACAGUUUGGCAUCACCCUCUCGCAAGGCCAAGCCCAAAGGCAAAUCAUCAAAUCCCGACGUAUGUGUCGAUUCUUUGGCUGAUAGCAUGAAAAGUUCAAUGAUAACCGAUAAGACGGUAUCUCAGGAAUCCCUUGCUGGUGGCAAAUUGUCUCGUUCGAAUCCGGUGAUAAGCAAUAAGAUUGCGGUUAGGCAACUGAAAAACCAAGCAGCGCCAAAGGUCGCUACAAACCGUCCACUGGCAAAGGGGCGACAAAUUUCAUCACACAACACUACCUCGGCUGGAUCGAGUCCUUCAUCCCUGACCAAUAAGUCCGGCAGUCGCCUCUCAAGUGUUAGCUCGGUAAACUCACCCCGAGACGCAUUCAAAAAUCGUUCAAUCUCCGUCCCUGGCAACCAAAGUACCGCAUCCACCGGACAACCAACACCAACAGUUGCACGCAAGAGUUUUCUUAGUGCAAAAUCCAGAGAGAUACUCGCGAGACGAGCAGAAAAAAAUAAACAGCAGCAACAGCAACAACAAUCGAGCAGUGGCGAAGAAAAGAGUCAUUCUACGAUAUCAUCAUCGUACAAACCCCAGCCACUGUUAAGAGGAGGCAUCGGUCGGGAAUCUAUGCCUCUGUCAAACCGAAAUUCUCACUCGAACAUCCCAACUCGAAGGCCGAAUUCGUUGCAUUUAAAGAAAACAUAUAUGAGCGACCAAAGGACCCAAAACAACCAAUAUCAAGAAUCGCAGAAAUCAAAAUUCAAAUUUAAAAAUCCAAUCACAAACGGCAAUGGCAAUGACAACAGCAACAGCAAUAGCAAUACUAUUGAACUUCACAUCGAAAGUUCACCCAAGGAAACAACCAAAUGUAAUCGCAUCGAGACGAAGCUAGAGCGAUCCAGUACAUUUUGCAAAGAGUCUUCGGAUUUACUAAUGGAUGAGUUGCAGAUAAUAGAAUGAAGCAAAAUAUGAAAUUAGUCAGCAACACAUUUCAUUCCUCUCCAUCCUACCGCAACCAAUAACUAUGAAACUCAUGGGAUUGACCAAAUGGAACCUUUCAUUGAUUUGGAGUGAUUUGCACAUGGCCUGGUCUCUUAAAAUAAAAAAUUAAUAGACUUAUUGAAGAACAAUACUGCUCUAGUCAAAAUAGUGUAUGAAACUUUAGAACGCAUGAUUCACAUAUUAAUAUUGCAUCAACAAAACAAAAAUGUAUAAUGGGCAAAAGGUAUCAAGUUUAAAUUUUAGCUUAUCAUAGAUUUUAUUCUUAUAUAUUUUAUUGCGACAAUAUUUUAUUCUUGGCAACAAUACUUCUGCAUGAAUUUAUUGAAGACUGCCUUUGAAGAAAAUUUAGGAAAACAACAAGAAACUUUUUUAAAGUUAGACCAAUAUGAUUGUUGGCGCCCACAGUUAUGUUUAUUAACAAGUAGUAGUUCACACACAAAAUUGAGAUAAUCUAGAAUUAAUUAAAAUAUGAAUGUUGAAAAUUAAUUUUCAAUAAUUUUAGUUAUUUUUUUUCUUCCUUUUAAAAUAUUUGAAUUUAAAAUAAGUUGUUUAUUUAAUGUCACAAUGACUUAUAUUUACAACUUUUACUCUUAUUCGUUUAAAUAAAUAAAUAUUUUGAUUUGAUGAUUGAAUGAAAAACUUGCCUAUCAAAGCAUGAAAAUUAUUUAUUGAACGUAUAAGUAUAACUCUUAUACAUAUAUUUAGAAGCAUAACACAUUGAGAAAAAUGUUUUAACCAAAAAACUAUAUAUAUGCGCAUACGAUAUACAAAUUACUUAAUUAAAGAAAAAUCAAACUAUUAUUUGUUAAUCAUAAUUCAUAACUUAAUAAAUAAAAUAUCGUGAUAUAAUAUAACAAACAAAAAAUAUAAAGCGCUGCUAUCUUCGAGAAAAAGAAAAAAAGAUUACAAACUUAAAUAAUUUUUUUAUAUUUAUUAUUUUGUAAAUGUUUUGAUAUUAUUAUUUUAUCUAAAUAUUUUUACGCUGUUGUAACAACAAUAAUUUAUGCUUGUUCUACAUUUUACAUUUACUUCUUUUUUAUAAAAAAAAACUCCAAAAGUAUUUACAUGCUUGAUUUGCGUCCGUUUUAACUUGCAAUUGUAACUCUAAGUUUAAUUUAAGUUUAUAUUAAGUUUGGAUCACGUGAAAUUUAAUCGAUGAUGGUUUGAUUUCUGGCAUCUCUUAAUUUUUGUUUUUUAUAUAGACAAAAUAUUACUUUUGUUUUAUUUUAAUCAAAUUGAAAAACUUUAUCUUUUUUUUGUGAUAGAUUAUGAAAGGGUUUAUUAUGACGUUUAUUUCUUGAACUGCUAAAAAUUAAAUUUAUUAGUGGUCGAAAAUUUGUUUUUAUAUGAUGGUAAAGUCUCUCACUAAGCGAAACGAAAUUUAAUUAUGUAUGUACAUUUUUUUGUAUAAAUCAAAAAUUUCAAAUAAAUUUAUUAAAAUAGCUUGUAUGAUUUGUUUUAAGUAUUUUUUUUAUAAUACAAAAUAAAAUGAAUCUAAAAAUCAAAA